GGUUGCAGUGCAUCAGCAACAGCUAGCCACAUCGCAUUCCAGCUAAAUUCCAUAGCUUCGUCUCGGCAGCUCCCAAGUUUUCAGCUGUUCCUGUUCUUUGGGAAGAAGGUUGGGUUCCAAACUCCGAGACCACCGUCAGUUUAUGGGAUUGUACCGCAACGAAUGGGCUGAAGCUCUUGGCAUCGAGAUCUCCAGCCCGAGGGCGAAGGACGGCACCAUGGUGGUGAACAGAGUCUCCCCUCCAUGGGACGACCAGGAGAAGCUCUGCUUCCCCAAGGGCAAACUGACGCCGUCACUCAGCUUCAAGCUGUGGGAAGCGGAGGCGGCGGUAGCUUCGAUAGUGGACCAUGACACCAGGCCGAGCCAGCUGAACGUCGACGACGGCCGGAGCUAUUCGGAGGUGGUAUUCAUGGCGCCGCCACCGUCGCCGAGCCCCCGCGUCUCCUCCAGCCCCAAGUGCGAGCGCGACGCCGCGGCGGUGAAGCUCCAGAAGGUGUACAAGAGCUACCGCACGCGGCGGAACCUCGCCGACUGCGCCGUCGUCGUCGAGGAGCUGUGGUGGAAGGCGCUGGACUUCGCGUCCCUCAAGCACAGUUCCGUCUCCUUCUUCAACCUCGGCAAGCCCGAGACGGCGGCGUCGCGGUGGGCGCGCGCCAGGACGAGGGUGGCCAAGCUUGGCAAGGGUCUGUCGAAGAACGGCAAGGCGCAGAAGCUGGCAAGGCAGCACUGGCUCGAAGCUAUUGACCCGAGGCAUCGGUAUGGGCACAAUUUGCAUAUCUAUUAUGAUGUCUGGUCCAAGAGUGAGAGUACAGAGCCAUUCUUUUAUUGGUUGGACAUUGGGGAAGGCAAAGAAGUGAACCUUGAGAAAUGCCCUAGGAGUAAACUUCAGAGCCAGUGCAUCAAGUACCUUGGACCAAAAGAAAGGCAAGAGUAUGAAGUUGUGGUGGAGAGUGGAAAACUUGUGUACAAGAAAAAUGGAGAUUUUGUCCAAACUUUGGAUGAUUCCAAGUGGAUUUUUGUCCUCAGCACCACCAAAUCGCUCUAUGUUGGACAGAAGAAGAAGGGAUCAUUUCAGCACUCCAGUUUCCUAGCUGGUGGAGCCAUAACAUCUGCUGGAAGAUUGGUUGUCAAAGAAGGAAUCCUCAAGGCUAUAUGGCCGUACAGUGGUCACUACAUGCCAACUGAAGAGAAUUUCAGAGAGUUCAUCCGCUAUCUUGAGGAGAACGGCGUCGACCUCACCCACAUCAAGAAAUGCCCAAUCGACAAAGACGAGGAGUUCCCUUUACUGAGCAAACCUGACGCUCAGCCCAACACCGCCAUCUCCGGCGACACCAACGGAACAGGUCACACCAUGGCCGCCCCAGCCGCCGAUGAGCAAAUGAGCGAGCCCGAGGUGGUCGACGGCGAUGUUCACCGGACAACCGACGACGGAAACACGAGUGAAGCAGAGGAGGAUGACACUGACGUCCACUCGCACACCGACACCGAAGAAGAGGCGCACAGUUCAGAGCAGCUGCAGAAGGAGCCGCCGGCGACGCCGCCGGCAAAUGUUGCUGCUGCUGAGCACGGCAAGAACCACCUGAUGUGCCGGUGGUCGACGGGAACGGGCCCACGCAUCCGGUGUGUCCGCGACUACCCGCAGGACCUCCAGUCCCGGGCGCUCGAGCACGUCAACCUCUCGCCGAGGCUCAGCGGCUCGCCGUCAAGGAAGAGGGACCCGGUGCCGUCCCCUCGGCCCAGCCCGGCGAUGAUCCUGUCGCCGAGGCUGGCGUCCGUGGGAUUCCAGCCUCAGAUGGCGGUGUCCCUCACUCUGCCUGACUUGAAGAGGAGCAGGUUGCAGUGAACAACCAUUCAGUUCUUGAUUCAUUGUGCUGGCUAGGUGAUCAGGACAAUAACUAAUUGGUCAGAUUGUUUACUGACAGGCCAGUGAUUUUUUGCCGCUAGGUUAGUUAGCAUAUUCCUUCAAUUUUUGGCUGUUCAUUUGUGCACUUCAUUAGUGUACAAUUUUUUUUUCAGUUUGUAAAUACCAUUAGUGAUUCUUUUGUUAGACUUAGAUGUAUGUAUGCAUAGAGUGCAUGUACAUUACUUAGUUAAAAGGAAAACAGGAUAGGGCAAUUUCUUUUUAUCGGAAGAAAUUAAAGGACAAUUUUCUUUACAAGCAUGGGUAGCGU